CCCCCAGGCAGACAAGGAGCUGAGGAUGGAGCCCAGGGAGGACAAAUCCCCACGGCAGAACCUGGUGGAAGAGGCCGUUUUGAGCGGCUCCAUGGCGCAGGAAUCCAACAGGGAGGAAAAGACCUGGAGAUCCCUUAGGAGGAGGGGCUGCAAACGCAGCCCAGGGAGCUGUGAGGAGGAAAGACCCACCCUGUGCCAGGAAGGCGGCCGGAGAUCCAGCCAGAGCUCGAACCUGGUGGUCCAUGAGCCACUUCAAACCGGGGAGAAGCCCUACAAGUGCUUGGAAUGUGGGAAGAGCUUCAGAGACAGCUCCCACCUGAUCCGCCACCAGAUGAUCCACACUGGGGAACGGCCCUACGAGUGUGGGGAAUGUGGGAAGAGCUUCAGAGAAAGCUCUGAACUGCUCCGCCACCAGAUGAUCCACACUGGGGAACGCCCCUAUGAGUGUGGGGAAUGUUGGAAGAAGUUCAGAGACAGCUCCACCCUGAUCCGCCACCAGAUGAUCCACACUGGGGAACGGCCCUAUGAGUGUGGGGAAUGUGGGCAGAGCUUCAGACAGAGAUCGACCCUGAUCUGCCACCAGAUGAUCCACACUGGGAAACGGCCCUAUGAGUGUGGGGAAUGUGGGAAGAGCUUCAGAGACAGCUCUGAACUGCUCCGCCACCGGAUGAUCCAUACUGGGGAACGGCCCUACGAGUGUGGGGAAUGUGGGCAGAGCUUCAGCCAGAGCUCCACCCUGAUCCGCCACCAGAUGAUCCACACUGGGGAGAGGCCCUACGAGUGUGGGGAAUGUGGGAAGAGCUUAAGGUAUAGCUCUGACCUGCUCCGCCACCAGAUGAUCCACACUGGGGAACGGCCCUAUGUGUGUGGGGAAUGUGGGCAGAGCUUCAGACAGAGAUCCACCCUGAUCCGCCACCAGAUGAUCCACACUGGGGAGAGGCCCUAUGAGUGUGGGGAAUGUGGGAAGAGCUUCAGAGAGAGCUCUAGCCUCAUCAUCCAUCAGAGGAGCCACACCAGAGAGAGGCCCUAUGAGUGCCUGGAAUGUGGGAAGAACUUCAGCCACAGAUCCAACCUGAUUGUCCACCAGAGGCUCCACACUGGGGAGAGGCCUUACCAGUGUGGGGAAUGUGGGAAGAGCUUCAGACAGAGCUCUGAGCUGAUCAUCCACCAGAGGAGCCACACUGGGGAGAGGCCCUAUGAGUGUCCCGAGUGUGGCAAGAGCUUCACCCAGAGCUCAGCCUUGACCAGACACCAACAGAAGCACCGGUAAGUGAAGCCCUGCAAGUGCCCCAACUGUGGGAAGAGCUUCGUCCGCUGCUCCAACUUCAUCCUCCACUGAAGGACCGACAUUCGCUGUAUCCUUGUUGGGAAGACACCUGGCUGGUUGUCUUCUCCAUAUCCUUCUGGAUCCCCAUAGGCACCAGGGAUGAUGAUGUUUGGGAGGAUUUGGGGGUUCUGAGGGGAGAUGGAAGAGUUUUCUCCAUUGCUUUGCACUCCAGAAGAUGAGAGGCCUCAAUCUGUCACCUCAAAACCACUGGAUCCCAGUGAAAACUGUUCAGUUCCCACUCCAAAUGGCUCAGUCACAUUCCAAAAGUACUUGACCCUACAGCCCCCUCAAAAUCUUCAGGAGGGGCUGGAUGGGCAUUCAGAGGGUCUGGAUGGAGUGGGAGGUACAUGGUGGGGGAUGGGCAAUGGGAGGGGGGCAGGGGUUUGGAAUGAAGAGCUGAAGGCUGGGGAUGAUGAGGCCGGGGGAAUCUCCUUUCUGGGUAUCCCCCACAUCUGAGGGCAUUUGGGUUAUCCCCAGUUCCUGAGGGGUUUUUUGGGUACCCCCCGAUCCUGAGGAGGGGAUACAGGGAGACAAGGGAUGACACGUGGCUCUGGCACUUGGAGUGGGCACCACAGGGAGGGACACAGGGAGCCCAUUUUGGGGAAGAUCCUGCUGCUUUCUGCCAAUUUUGGGGGCUAGAAAUGGCUUUUGGAGUUUUUCUGCUAAUUCAGGAAACUGAGGUGACACCCCUUCCUCAUUCUGUGACUGUGAGGAGACACCAUUUUUGGGAGGAUCUUGCUGCUUUCCACCAAACUGGGGCAAGGAUAUA